UGCUGUGUCUCUUCUCUAACUAAAACGGACGUGACGUCACAGCACGGUAGCUCUCCUCACAGCUAACUCGGAGCUUGGCUGGAGCAAAGAGACCCGCAGCAGCUCAGAGAAACCCGAACACCGAGCCUUAGUUUGUCCCUGUGACCGGACCGUGCCAGAUUCAGACCGCAGGAGAAGCAGCUGCCCGCAGAGAUGCCUGAAACUGAGACGUACUCCAACCCUCUGGCUCCUGAGGGCCACGACAUGGACGACCACCGAGCUGCAGCUCAGUCCAAACUGACCAAUGAUGACUUCAGGAAGCUGCUGAUGACGCCGCGGGCAACGCCCUCCUCGGCCCCGCCCUCCAAGUCCAGACAUCAUGAAAUGCCGAGGGACUACAACGAGGAUGAGGACCCCGCAGCGAGGAGGAGAAAGAAGAAGAGUUACUAUGCGAAGCUGCGUCAGCAGGAGAUGGAGCGUGAGCGCGAGCUCGCCGAGAAGUACCGAGACCGAGCGAGAGAGCGGCGAGAUGGCGUCAACAAGGACUACGAGGAGACAGAACUCAUCAGCACUACGGCAAACUACCGAGCUGUCGGGCCGACCGCCGAGGCCGAUAAGUCGGCAGCAGAGAAGCGGCGUCAGUUGAUCCAGGAGUCCAAGUUCUUGGGAGGUGACAUGGAGCACACUCAUUUGGUGAAAGGUCUGGACUUCGCCCUGCUGCAGAAGGUGAGAGCUGAGAUCACCAGCAAGGAGAAGGAAGAAGAAGACAUGAUGGAGAAGGUCCAGAAAGAAGCCAAGAAGGACGUGGAGCCCGAGGAGAAGAUGGAGUUUAAGACUCGUCUGGGCAGGAACAUCUACCGCGUGGUGUUCAGGUCCGGCGUGACCGAGAGGAACGAGCUCUUCCUGCCCGGCAGGAUGGCGUACGUGGUCGACCUGGACGACGAGUUCACCGACACCGACAUCCCCACCACGCUGAUCCGCAGCAAGGCGGACUGUCCCAGCAUGGAGGCUCAGACCACCCUGACCACCAAUGACAUCGUGAUCUCCAAGCUGACUCAGAUCCUGUCCUACCUCAGGCAGGGAACCCGCCACAAGAAGAUCAAGAAGAAGGACAAAGGUAAACUGGACGAUAAGAGAGCUCCAGAGGCUGAUCUCAGUAUCUUUGAGGACAUCGGGGACUAUAUACCGUCCACCAAACCCACCAAAGAGAAAGAGCGUCACCGGGACAGAGACCGGGAGCGUGACCGUGACGACGACACCAAGAGCCGCAGACACGCCUACUUUGAGAAACCGCGAGGCGACGAGCACCAGGUGAUGGAGGUGGACACAGGUCCAGGAUCAGUCAGAGACCAGAUCAAGAUGAUCAAUGAGAAGUUUGCAGGAGCAGCGGGCAGCCAAUGGCAGAGCCAGGAGCCUGGCUCUCAGAGGAGAGACUCCAGUAAGGAGCAGCUGGGAGAUUUUUUUGGAGGAUCAAACUCAUACGCAGAGUGUUACCCUGCUACGAUGGACGACCUGGCCGUGGACAGUGAUGAAGAGGUGGACUACAGUAAGAUGGACCAGGGCAAUAAGAAGGGUCCUCUGGGCCGCUGGGACUUCGACACUCAGGAGGAGUACUCGGAUUACAUGAACAACAAGGAGGCGCUGCCCAAGGCUGCCUUCCAGUACGGCAUCAAGAUGUCUGAAGGCAGGAAGACACGACGUUUCAAAGAGACCAAUGAGAAGGCAGAGCUCGACCGCCAGUGGAAGAAGAUCAGCGCGAUCAUCGAGAAGAGGAAGAAGAUGGAGGCUGACGGGGUCGACGUGAAGAGACCAAAAUACUGAAGACGCCCCGCAGACCCAGCAGCUAAAUCGAUCGUGUAUCGAUCGGCUUCAUGUUAGUUUAGAAACAUGUAAAUGUACAGAGAUGCUGUGAGGUCAGAGGUCACUGACCCCGAUAAGUGUGUAUUGUUAUUGAUUAGCUGUUCUUAUUGAUCAGUUUGUUUUGUGAGAAUAAAAACAUCCAAACAUC